UAAAAAAAUUCAUGAUAUUUUGUCCAUAUAAGAAAAUUAGUUUCAGAUUUUUAUAAAGAGUGUUGCUAGAAAGCAAGAUGAUGUUAGUUUUUAUGCUUGGGUUUCUGAUUCUUGGAGUUCAAAGCUAUGGUCCUAUGAGCCAACUCCUUAACCUAACAUCUGAUUCCAAUGAUGAUAUGUACAUUUCAAGGUUGCCAAUGGAGGGUCAAUCUCUUUUGCGAGUUAGAAGAGGAAGUGUGGACAUGAGGUUUGCCAAGGAGGUUCUAGAUGAACACAACAAGUACAGAAGAAUGCAUGGAGUUCCACCCCUUACACUAAGUACAUCGAUGUGCAAUAAAGCUCAAAACUAUGCGGAUAAACUGACUAGUAUUGGAUGGCUAAAACAUAGUGGGCCUGGAGAAAAUUUGUCUCAACGAGGGGUAUCCCCAUCUGGGAAAGAAAUUGUGUCGGCCUGGUAUAAUGAGAUAAGUUCUUAUAAAAACUAUUUUGGAAAGGAACCCCCAAGUGGACUAUUACUAUCAUAUGGUCACUUCACUCAAGUAGUUUGGAAGGGAUCUAGAGAACUUGGUGUCGGUUUAGCUAAAAAGAAUGGAAAAUCGUAUGUGGUCGCUCAAUAUAAUCCCCCAGGAAACAUGAGGACAGACUAUGCAAAUAAUGUUCCAAGGGCAAAAGCCUAAUUACACGUGAUGGAUUGAUUAGAGAUUUGAAAACACUUAAUUGGAAUAAAUAAAAUAUUACUUUCAAUCA